CGCUUUCGGCUUUGGUUCGAGAUGGAGACUCGUUGUACCGUGAGGGGCUCCAGCGCCCGCAACUUUAAGGGUGGCCUAUCUUUGUGGCUGAUUCUGUGGCUGGUGGUGGUGAAGCCGGGCGGGGUGGCUCCAUGCCCAAGGCUGUGUGUGUGUUACCCUACGCCCAUGACGGUCAGCUGCCAGUCCCAGAACCUGACCAUAGUGCCGGCCGGUGUACCCUAUGACUCACAACGUGUUUUCCUGCAGAACAACCGCAUCACAGAGCUUCGCGCAGACUCUUUUGGCUUCGAGACACAGGUGUUGUGGCUAUAUGGCAACAACAUUACAUGGAUUGAGGCUGGAGCCUUCAGUAACCUUAGGGUGCUCGAGGAGCUGGAUCUGGGUGACAACCCCUCACUGCGGCGCCUGGAAGGUGGCGCCUUCAGGGGCUUGGAGAAGCUGCAGAGCCUGCACAUGCAUCGCUGCAAGCUGGCAGCUCUCCCCCAUGACCUCUUCCACAAGCUGUACAGCCUGCAGUUUCUCUACCUGCAGGAAAAUCAGCUCCACUUCCUGCAGGAUGACCUGUUUUCAGAUCUGGUCAACCUCACCCACCUCUUCCUGCAUGGAAACCGUAUCCGUGCCCUCUCUGAGAAUGUGUUCAGGGGCCUGGUCAACCUAGACCGCCUCCUAAUCCACGACAACCGCAUCAGGCAGGUCAACCGCCGGGCUUUUCGUGACCUUGGCCGCCUGACCAUCCUCUAUCUGUUCAACAACUCCCUGGCUGAGCUGCCAGGCCAGGCCAUGAAAGAUGCCCAGGGCAUCCAGUUCCUCCGCCUCAAUGGUAACCCCUGGUCCUGCGGCUGCGAGGCCCGUCCCCUCUGGGAGUGGUUCCGCAAGGCCCGCAUCUCCUCUUCUGAGCUCAUGUGCUCCUCCCCAUCUCAGCGUCGUGGCCAGGAUCUCAGAUUCCUCCGGGAGCUGGACUUCGCUCUCUGCCCUCUGCCUGACCCUGGAUCCCUGGCUGGAACCACCACAACAACCUUUAGCACCAAAACCCGCUGGUGGUUCUCCAAGCAUAAGCCCGCAUCUUCCUCCAAGGCCUCGUACCAGAAGAGCUCAGAGACAGUGAAGGCCUUCCCCUUCUCUGGUGUCAAGCCUCAAUACGUCCCCAAAACCCCCAUCGAAACCUUUCCCGUUAAAUACGAACUGUCAGCGGAUGAGGCAGCACUACCCAAGCUCGACCCAGAAGAGUACUGGGCCAACUAUGGCAACGAAGACUCCUCAAUCCGGUGCUUUGAGCUGGAGUGUCCUCCAAACUAUGACAACCCAGCCUUCCCCUCAUCCUCCUCCAUAACCAUCACUCCAUCUCUGCUCCACCUCCUUUCCGUUUCCAUAGUCACAGUCUCCCUCCACUUUCUUUUUAGCUGAACUCCUUUCUCUCCACCUCCCCUAUUUUUCCUCUGAUUUCUCCCCCUGCUCUUUCCAACUAUAACAACCUGGAUCUCAAUUCCUUUCAGUUGCCUCCUCGACAUGCAGGAGGUGCUAUACUGAUGCAGAAGACAGGUGGUGCAGCAGGGAGCCGUUGGUCAGUUGAGCUGAUGUAGAGCAGGACCAGAUUUACGCUGAAAUAAUUGCUGCUUAAUAGUACAGGCUUUUAAAAAAAAAGCAGGGAUCACAUCACAGAAACUGACUCUGUUAGUGACAGUACGAAGGCAGAAACCUACCAAGUUAGGUUGGGUCUCCAGGUGAUUUUUUCAGUACCGCAGCUGUAAACAACGCAGGCGUUGUGACUCAUCUACAGCUAUUUUCUAUAUCAACUAGCGCUCACCAUCUAAUCACCACUGACAUGAUCCUGCACUAAUUUAUUCUUUCAUCAUGAAUAAAACUGGUGAUCGAUGGAGGGUUAUGUGGCACUACCAGAAGUAGGAGAAAGUUGAGGAUUAGCACAGACGAGGAGAGAUGUGGGAAGAAACUGUUUUAGGAAGAUGAUCAUUAGAUCUACAAUCAAGGGUGACUUUUCUCUCCCAGUCAGAUUCAAAAUCUCGUGUGAUCCCAGAGAUGCCAGCAAACCAUCACCACCAGCACCUGUACAUACCACAUACAUCACUGUACAUGCACCCACUGCACACUGUAUUUUAGACUAGCUGGAUUUGUACUUUCUUUUUGGUACACUUUGGUAAAAAUGUUUGUAGUGAUAGAGGAGAUACCUAGAUUGUCAACAGAAGGUGAACAAAUUAUACGUGGAAACUCUUUUUUGCCCUUCGUGUUUUUCACUCUUGUCUCUUCCCCUCACAGACAAACUAAAAAAACUUGUUCCACACUAGAAGGAGACUAAAACAACCAAUGAGGUUCAACAUAUCAGAGCUACCUUUCAUCUAAGCAGGAAAAUAGAUUUUCACUGCCUAAAAAUAGAAAAAGGAAGACUUGU